AUGGAAAAUCAAGCACCGAAUGGAUUCACCAUCAAAUUGGGACUGUUGACAUUCAGGGAUGUCAUGAUAGAAUUUUCCCCAGAAGAGUGGGCGUGCCUGCAUGCUGCUCAGCAGAAUUUGUAUAGGGAUGUGAUGUUACAGAACUACAGAAACCUGUUCUCCCUGGGUCUUGCUGUCUCUAAGCCAAACCUGAUAAUUUGUCUGGAGCAAAGAAAAGAGCUUUGGAAUAUGAAGAGACAUGGGGCAGUAACAGAACGCCGAGGUCUUGCUGUGUCUAAGCGAGAACUCAUCAUCUGUUUGGAGCAAGGCAAAGAACCCUGGAUGGUGAAGAAACACAAGACAAUAGCCAAACACCCAGGUUACAGUGAGAACCAAAGUGUUCUUCAUGGCUUAUGCAGGACUACAGGAUCUGACUGCUCUUCCAUUGCUUUUAAGGACAUGGAAGUAUCUGUGUAUUUUUCAGGAGUGAGAGUUGUAUUUAACUCACUCUAA